GACUCUCUUUGCCUUUUCUUCUUCUGAGCCUGGAGCUCUGACCUUUCUCGUUAUCCACCCUUGAGCUGGUUCUCUGUCUUAUUCAUUUAUCAUGCAUUCUUUCAAAUAUAUCGCUUUGGGGGCCUUCUUUGCCAUCAUGGGCGUAACUGCUGGCCCAGUUAGAUUCGAUAAACGGAUUGCGCAGGUUAUUGACCAGUCGACGGCAAAAUGGCAAACGGCUUGCCUUGCUGCAGGUGGAGGCACCAAGUGCAAUCCCGUGGCUGUCGCUGCAUUCGGCAACCUUCUUGCUGCAGCUGACGCUUGUGGGCAGCAAGAUGCUGCUGACAAAAUGAUCGACCUUGCCAAGACUCUUAAGAGUAAUGCAAAGGCCAUCAGUCUCGCACAAGUCUUCGCUCAACAACCUCGCAAUUCGCCUGAUUCCGUAUCUGUGCCUUACUGCCAGAAGGCGCCGAGGAACAAAGAGCUAACUGGACUCUUCCAGUGUCAGUUCAAAGGUGUAAAUCCAACCAAGUUUGUCGGGAACGUUCAGGUUGGGUCUCCUGGUACCAUUCCCUUCGGUCAUUCCAAACCACUCAGCCCACCAGGAAGCUGCCCUGCCCACCCUCAAGGUCCGAUCGCUGAUGGGUCGCAGCUUGUGGACCUCACUGCUGAUCCAGGUUUGAAAAAUAUUCCUGCACUUGGUGGUAAGGCUACACGCAGAGCUGUCUCGUUCAAAAAACAGAACGGUAUUGAUGCCCAGAAUCAAGCCGCCAAAUUUGCGUCUCUCACUCCCGGCUCCCCGUGCACUGAAGGCGAGAACGCAUGCGUGGAUGGAAAAUUUGCUCAAUGUGUGAACAAGAAGUUUGUUCUUACUCAGUGUGGAUCUGGGCUCCAGUGUGUGGUCCUUCCACUCGUCAACAAACCUGGCACUUCGGUCACUUGUUCUACCACCGCAGAUAGAGACGCCAGGAUUAAGACUGCACUCGCAUCAUGAUCUUGAUGUUCUCUGAAAUGUAAUUUAUUCCUCUAUGCAGUGUUCAUAUCCAGUAUAACUUAAUUAGUCCGACCACUAAUGUGGAAUACUGAUCGAGCCAUACAUCACCAUCCACUUGC